AUGGCUUCGAUCGGCAAUGUUACCGCCGCCGCAGUGGCCCCGCGGGCAGAGACAACCCUUGCGUUGGCCAACCUGCACUUUGAGGUCAACUUGUUCACCAAGCGAGUAAACCCACCGGCCGAGUAUGAGGGCGUUGGGCGUCAUUUGGCCAAAUCGCGAUUGGAAGAGGCCCAGAAUGGAACCCCGCAUUCGACUGCGAGGAAACUCGGCCUACUGUUUAAACACAUUUUGCCUUCUACUCCAAACCUCAUCAAGGCAUACGGAACCAGGGCUUCUGAGAUUUCCAAGAGCGCAAAGGCCAACACGAAUGGAGAUGAUUCCUCGUACGGGCCGUUUGUUAGCCGCAUAGGGGCAGACGCGACGACCCUAUGGGCGGCGGCCACUUCAGGCCACGCGGCAAUCCAAUCCACAUCCCUCUGGGACGAGAAUAUCGCGAACCGCAAGAUUGAGGUCGCCAAGAAGCUCGAAGCCGAGGGCGAGAUCGAGACGGAUCUGAUGCUCGCUGCUCGCGAGCAGCUCCCGCGGUCCGACCUCGCCGAUUGGGAUGCCAGUUCGCAGCAGACGAAACUGCGUCUCAUUAUUGACAACCUCGAUAUGCCUGUCAACAACAAGCCGAACACGUACGAAAGUAUGGAGAAGCUGCUCGAAGGAAUACAUCGGCCAGUGCAAAGCGGCGCGGUUCUGCUUGGGUUGAUGGCAUGGCAUCUCUAUCCAGAUCUACAGUGCAUGAUGGCUCGGAACCCCCAGGUCGAGCUUAGGGACCCUCUCUUCGAGAAGAGCGGCAUUCUUACCAUCGGUCUUGAGCCGGCACCGGGCAGAGAAGCUCGUUCCGUUUAUUGGUCGCUUCCUCUCGCCCAUCUUCGCUAUUACGGGUUGCCAGUAACCAAGUUCAGCUCGAUGAGGACAUCCGAGCGAGAUAGGGUCACGGUGGAUGAACUACUCUUUGCUUGGUUUUGUGCCUACAUCAAGGCGUGGGACAGCGACCCUGACAUCUCCACGGAGGAGGUCAUUCGCUAUGCGGGCGACGUUGCUCUCAAUCUACACAACGCCCUCCAUACUACCGUCGCUGAUGAAUCUUGGUCGUGGCUUCUGUUGCUCUCUCAAAUCGCGAAUAAGUGGGCAACUUCGCUAGACCAGCCGAGGGCAUCUUCGCUCAGGACUUUGGGCAGAAACUUCGGCGGCGUGGUGGAAGCACCCUUCCAGGGCAUUUUCACCGUCAACACCUAUCUAGACGUGGCCAUCGAGAUCGAAGACAAGAUCCGUUUCCUCAGGGAAAUUGCCAAAAGCAUAUCCGCCGAGCGCGAUGCGAGGGAUUACCAGUAUCUGAUCAUCUACCACUACGGAGGCAGGUAUCAAGGUAGCUUCGAAGUUGCCACCGCAUGCCCCGAAGUGGGGAUCAGGGGUGACGGCAUUGAUAGCGUCCACACAUCGAGAGCACACCGACGAUGGGUGAGGCUGCGGUCGAUGGUUGAAAUGAAUCCUCCAUUAUCCACUGAGGAGACCAUCCAAACAAGAAUACGACGUAUUCAAGAAUUUGGUGAGGAGGUGGACCAGAUUUCAAGCCAAUAUCCCUUUUUCGAGGUACCCAGAAAACAGCCCAGCAUCCACCAGGCGGAUUCACGUCAAAGACGCGGUGCCGAUAGAUACAUUCAUCACCAUGGGCCGCGGAGCAGGAAGCCUCAUACCACGCAUGACGAGACCACUUUCAUUAUGAAGGCUUCACAGACGCGCACGUACGAGUACGAUGUAGUCUUUGGCCAUCACCAAGGCGUUGCGCUUCUCUCUCGCCGUGAACGCGGGGAACCCCUACCCAAGUUUGGGCACGGCAAGCCAAACUACACCUUGUCGGUAAAAAGGCUCAUGGGCCUCUUCAAGCCCGGUCGGAUCGAUUUCGCCUUGCUAGCAAAGAUGCAUCUCAGACUAGAUUUCGAGACGAAUGCAAGCCUCCUCGGCAUGACGUUUAUCGACAGUCUCUACAGGCAAUUGGGAGAUGCCACAGUGGAUAUCAGAGCGGCGAAGGUUGACCUCAACAAUGCGCGUUGGGUGAAACGGGCCUUUGAAGGCUCUUCUGCACGCACAAGACAGCACUACCUUGCACCAAGCGGCCACACCAUAGCUACGACAUUUGCCUGCAUUGCCAUGAUGGAGACGGGAAGCUUCAAUUUUGACCCUUGGGAGCUGGUGGCCGUUUUUGCUUUGUGUUCGGCCGACUCAAUGUAUAUCGCUUCUGCGCUUUUGCGUGACCCCUCCCAGGUUGAUGGCGGGCGGGCAGGCAUCCAACGAGUCACCGGCAACAUUGGCCGGGCGGGUAUGGCGCUCAUGAUCCCACCGCCAGACCCAGAUGUGCGGAACUACGGGGUCGACGACUGGUACCUGUACCCGCACCAAGUGUUUGACGGCGUGCUCGACGACUCGUUUGGGGGCACGAGCCUGCAGCUGUCUUUCACCGAGUGGAAGCAGGAAGUUAAUGUGGGAACCACUGGUGGCAAGGACAUCGAGGCAUACUUUCUUGAGACCCUCAUCUCGGUUUACGAUAAAGCGAAAUGGGUUGCUGACCUGGACGUUCUAUCCGCUUUCCGACGUGAGAAGCUGGUGAUCAGGCUCCCCCAACUUGCCUUCCCCCCCUGCUCUCCAGAACAUGGCCCGCCGCGAGGCACAGCGUUGGGCAAUAUUUCACAACUGCCCCGCCUCAUCUCGGUCGGUAACUUUGCUGAGAUUAUAGUAGCCCCCUCAGCACCGGGGAUCGUCACCGCCAGAGGCAAUUGGCAGGCCCGCCUCGCCGCCGCGUGUAUUUCCACCGCUAAGGGUUACCGAGUAAUCCUCACACCGCACGGCUGCUGUUGGUCCUGCUGGGCGGCACAGUAUGCCGAUGCGCGGCGUAUCGAUUUAUAUAAUAUUAUACAGAGCAGCGGUAAUGUGAUGAUCCUGUAG